UCAUAUAAACAUCCCAGGUCUCACCUCGCAGCCAAGGACUGGUGAAUCCAAGACUGAGACCCCCAAAACAGGAACAGGAAGUCUCUUCAGAGGCCCUCUGGCUCUAGGUGGGGGCUGGGAGUCCUCCCCCUUCCCCAGGAGAUGGCGCCACCGUGGGUGGGUGAGCAUUGCUGUCUGUCUUGGUGUGGACCCUGACCUCUGCCCCAGGAUGGCCUCGUGCCUGGGUGCCUGGAUGCCCAGAACAGAGCCUGCCGGGAAGGGUUCCUGCUGACCAUCCAAUGGGGAGGUCCUGUCCCUCCGUUGAGCCUGGUCACCUGCUUUUCCCGGCCCAGAACAGGCUCAAGCAAGACCUAGAACAGCACGGCCGUGGUGGACAGCGGUCUAAGAGUGGCGAGUUGGGUUGCCACGGCGCUUCACAGUGUACGGAGCACUUUCCUUGGGACCUCACCUGGGUCUUAGGACCUAGCCUGUCACUCCAGGCCUUGGAGUUCUGGGAUGGCCACAUUAGUGUGCCUGGCACUCUGGAAUUCCAGCUUUGCCAGGGCGAGGUCCAGCAGGUCCAGAUUCAGCCUUGGUCCCCGGUGCCCUGACCAACACCCAGCACAUCGUGGACUUCCGUCAAUCUUCCCUGCACCAUGUGCGGCCCGCAGGUGAGGAGGCAGGGAGUCGGUGAGAAGGACUCUUCUUUGGAAGACAAGACCAGGGAGUGAAGCUGGAAUAGCCCCCCCCAAGCAAGAGAAGCUUCUCCACAAACAGGGGCAGCCAAGCGAGACCGAGCCCCCUGCAGCCCAAAGCAUCUUUCCAAGCAGGGCCCGUGGGGCCUGACAGCUCAGGGGCCCAGUCAGCGGCUCAGGCCGUGAACGUCUGAACUCCUCGGUGGGGGGGCGGCCCCUCCCUCCCUGGAGGCCAGCCUGAGUGGCAGGAAUCCCGAUUCUUUGGAGAGCGGCUUCCUCUCAGCUCUGUCACGCAAGAACGCUCUCUGCACCAACCCAUUCUGCCAAGUGACUUAAAGGGAUUUAAAAAAGAAAAAAAAAAUGUGGUAAAGAAAAAGGGGGUAAAAGCCACGCAGCCGCCUUUCAGAGGAGGUGGCCGCCUGCAGACAAAGGGCAAAAGUUGAAAGAGGGCCGUGGAAGUGAUGGAAGUGACAGGCAGCCAGGCUGCUCCCCGGAUGGGCACCGGUCGGUAGGGCAUGCCCCAGGAGCAGGAGGUCAGAACGCCCGCAGGCCCCGCCCGGGAGCCCCCCAGGCCGCGGGGCUGCCCCUGUGCACUCCGAGUGCACGACCCUUGCUGCAGGAGGAGCCAGCGGCGCCCCAGGUCGAGGACCACAAGGAUGCUGCCUGGGACCUGCAGCCUUGCCUGAACUGGGCAGGGGAGCCCGGAAGUCAGAGGCACAGGGUCCCUCUCCGCGUCCCCACGUGCCGCAGCAGCACUGCCCACCACCCAGGUCUGCAGGCUAUAACCAGAGCGGGCUUGGCCUGUCGGGGCCCUGGGGCAGGAAUGUGAGAGCAGCCCGCUGCCCAGCCCUCAGGAGCCCCUGGAGCAAGACCCCAGUCGUACCACAGGCUCCAGUGACAGCCGUGAAGGAGGUGUUGAGGCUCCAGGUGAGGUGGGGCCCGGCUCCCCCAGCCGUCCACCAUGGUGGUGGCACACCCUGCUGCCACCGCCACGACCACACCUGCCACCACCGUCACGGCCACGGUUGUGAUGACUACGGCCACCAUGGACCUGCGGGACUGGCUGUUCCUCUGCUACGGGCUGAUCGCCUUCCUGACGGAGGUCAUCGACAGCACCACCUGUCCCUCUGUGUGCCGCUGUGACAAUGGCUUCAUCUACUGCAACGACCGGGGGCUCACCUCCAUCCCCGCAGACAUCCCCGACGACGCCACCACCCUGUACCUGCAGAACAACCAGAUCAACAACGCGGGCAUCCCCCAGGACCUCAAGACCAAGGCCAACGUGCAGGUCAUCUACCUGUACGAGAACGACCUGGACGAGUUCCCCAUCAACCUGCCCCGGUCCCUGCGCGAGCUGCACCUGCAGGACAACAACGUGCGCACCAUCGCCCGGGACUCCCUGGCCCGCAUCCCGCUGCUGGAGAAGCUGCACCUGGACGACAACUCCGUGUCCACCGUCAGCAUCGAGGAGGACGCGUUUGCCGACAGCAAACAGCUCAAGCUGCUCUUCCUGAGCCGGAACCACCUGAGCAGCAUCCCCUCGGGGCUGCCCCACACGCUGGAGGAGCUGCGGCUGGACGACAACCGCAUCUCCACCAUCCCGCUGCACGCCUUCAAGGGCCUCAACAGCCUGCGGCGCCUGGUGCUGGACGGCAACCUGCUGGCCAACCAGCGCAUCGCCGACGACACCUUCAGCCGCCUGCAGAACCUCACGGAGCUCUCGCUGGUGCGCAACUCCCUGGCCGCCCCGCCCCUCAACCUGCCCAGCGCCCACCUGCAGAAGCUCUACCUGCAGGACAACGCCAUCAGCCACAUCCCCUACAACACGCUGGCCAAGAUGCGCGAGCUGGAGCGGCUGGACCUGUCCAACAACAACCUCACCACGCUGCCCCGUGGCCUGUUCGACGACCUGGGGAACCUGGCACAGCUGCUGCUCCGGAACAACCCCUGGUUCUGCGGCUGCAACCUCAUGUGGCUGCGGGACUGGGUGAAGGCGCGGGCCGCCGUGGUCAACGUGCGGGGCCUCAUGUGCCAGGGCCCCGAGAAGGUCCGCGGCAUGGCCAUCAAGGACAUCACCAGCGAGAUGGACGAGUGCUUUGAGACAGGGUCGCAGAGUGGGGCGGCCAACGCGGCGGCCAAGACCACGGCCAGCAACCACGCCUCCGCCACCACGCCCCAGGGCUCCCUCUUCACCCUCAAGGCCAAGAGGCCUGGGCUGCGCCUCCCCGACUCCAACAUCGACUACCCCAUGGCCACGGGUGACGGUGCCAAGACCCUGGUCAUCCAGGUGAAGCCCCUGACGGCUGACUCCAUCCGCAUCACGUGGAAGGCCACGCUCCCUGCCUCCUCCUUCCGGCUCAGCUGGCUGCGCUUGGGCCACAGCCCGGCCGUAGGCUCCAUCACAGAGACCCUGGUGCAGGGGGACAAGACCGAGUACCUGCUGACAGCCCUGGAGCCUAAGUCCACCUACAUCAUCUGCAUGGUCACCAUGGAGACCAGCAAUACCUACGCGGCCGACGAGACGCCGGUGUGUGCCAAGGCAGAGACGGCCGACAGCUACCGCCCCACCACCACGCUCAACCAGGAGCAGAACGCCGGCCCCGUGGCAGGCCUACCCCUGGCCGGCAUCAUCGGUGGGGCCGUGGCUCUCGUCUUCCUCUUCCUGGUCCUGGGGGCCAUCUGCUGGUACGUGCACCGGGCUGGUGAGCUGCUGACCCGGGACAGGGCCUACCACCGAGGCAGCCGCAAGAAGGACGACUAUAUGGAGUCGGGGACCAAGAAGGACAACUCCAUUCUGGAAAUCCGUGGCCCGGGGCUGCAAAUGCUGCCCAUCAACCCUUACCGCGCCAAAGAGGAGUACGUGGUCCAUACCAUCUUCCCCUCCAACGGCAGCAGCCUCUGCAAGGGCACGCACACCAUCGGCUACGGCACCACGCGGGGCUACCGGGAAGGCGGCAUCCCCGACAUAGACUACUCCUACACCUGAGGCCGGCUCCCCCAGCCCCAGCCCAGCCCUGUCCCCAAGGCCGACAGGGGUGGUGACAGGCUCCGCCCAGCCCGCUGCAACCCGAGAGCAAGGAAGAGAAGGUCCAUGAUGACCGUCUGGCAGAAGGCCAAGUUUGGGGAGGGUCAUUGAUUUUGUAGAACACGACAGUGAAAAAAAAAAUUUUUUUUUUUCUCUAAAGAAUAGAAGGCAGGAGGGGAUUCCGCGUUGCUGGAGAGUGACUUACAUCGCGUCGCGCCAGUUGGGGAAGGGAAGGCUAACGACGAUAACUGCAGAAAGGGUUGGGCUGGGGAUUUUUUUUCCUGAACUGGGAAGAUACUACCUGUGCAACGUCUGUGGACACCUCGCGCUCUGUUCAGGGCAGUCACAAAAGAACCGUCAGGGAGAAGCAGCUGAUCCGAAGCCCGCAUGCAGCGAUUCUACGGCCAGCCCCUCGCUGGCCACGAUGUGAUGGAAGGAUUUUGGGACCCCCACAAAGGAGACGGGGGAAGAAGAGAUCUUUCGCUAUGGAGAUAUUGUCCUGAAACCUCUUCCCUGGUUCUUCCCAUGCCAUUUCCCUUACAGAUUUGCAGAAAUACGGCAUCUUCCACUGCGUUCUUGGAACAGUUAAUGUAGUCGAUUAAAAAAAAAAAAUCCAGCUUUUUUUUUUCCCAUGCUGAAUGUUCUUCAGCUCCAUGCAGCAUACUCCGUAGACGCCCUGACGGAAGCUGUAGCUUUCCCUGCCACCUGGAGGUGCGUCUGUCUGCCCGUCUAUCUGUGUUGCGUCUCUCAGUCCAGAUGGGUAGACAGAGCCGCAUAGACUGUCCUUAAAGUCCUUCUUGGGUCAGUUCUUACCAUUUCCUGAGACAAUAGAAUUGCAAAAAUGUUGCUUUCUCCUAGAAAUCAUUGAGUAAGUAAAACCACGUGUUGGGGAUGGGUGUAGGUGGAGGGGGGAGCCUCAGCCUGGGUGGAGGGUAUUGCUGUUUCCAGAGGCAGAGGCAUGUGUCCCAGUGGGGUGGGUGAGGGAGGAGCUGGGCACGGGGACCUGCAUUUCCAUUCCAUCUCAGUGUGGCCAGAGCUGGGCCACGCUCCUUCCUGAUACAGAGAAAAGCCUUCUUGGUCUGCCAGGACCCUCAUCUCCCCUCUUUUCCCCCGCAAUAGAUGUAGUCAUCUCAAUAGCGUUUCCUACGUGCUUCCUCCUGGGGCAGGUCAUUAGUGCAGGGACUGAUAGCUAAUAUAAAAUCAGCUGACUGGAUCUAUUAGUUUCCACGGCUGCACAAACAAAGCCCAGAAAAAGAACAUUUUCAGAAAAUCACUGGGAGACAUCAGCCUCCACACCUGGGGCUCUGUUCUCGGGAAUGAGAGACCAGAUCUCUUUUUAAAAAUGCCAGCCUCCAAAAAGGCUCUGACGGGGCCCUCAGAAGAGCUGGGAUUUCAUUUCCUCCCUCUGGAAGGGAUGCUGCCAUCAUUUAUCGGCUGACAGUGUUCCGAGGUCAACACGACGAUGAAGCGUGGGCAGCGGCCCUGGAGAGGAGGGAAGCGCGGCCCGGGUUCUGAGGCCUGCUGCUUCCCGUGCUCGGAAGCGUGGGUCACUGUUGGUCAAAGCGCCACUUGCCCUGCACCAGGAAAAAGGGACAUCAGAGAAGAGAUGCUGGCUUGAGGGCAGGAGGAUGAGAGGCUUCUGGCUCCUGGCAGUGGCACCUUCAAAGGCCUCUGCCACUUUGACCAAAGCAAAGGCCGGAAGAAGAGUCCAGCAGCAUUCAGAGGGCUGCCCACGACGUGCCGGGUGCUGUCCGCUCGCUGGACAUCAAAAGAGCUGAGCAGCUCUUCAGCGAAGAGGUGGGGCUGAAAGAAGUGGACCCAGCCGCUGCUCCAGGGGAGGAGAAUGGGGCCCAGGCUCCUGUUGCUGUCCAAGCCGUCGCCCACCAAUCAGGGACCGGAUCCUCCAGCCCCAGGGAGUGCCCAGGGCAUGGCAGGGUUUGUUUAAGGGAGACCAUUUUUGUUCCCUUUUCCUGCCUGAAUCCUUUCCCACACAAGGAGGUAGGAGAGAAGCUUCCCGAGCCUUAAUUUCAGGUCAGUGUGCACAUCAGUCCCCGCCCCCCCCCCCCCCGCUGCAGCCAGCUGCCCCAGACGGAGGAGCCAGAGGGGACCCCCCCAACACAAAUGGGAGCUCACAGGAGGGCCAGGUACAUGGCACUAGCCAGGGAGAUGAAGUCCCAGGGCUCUGUAUUUCUGAAGCAAUGCAUCUUCCAGGGUCCCAGGAAAGGGUCUCGGGCCCUUCUGGCCUCCCCACUGCAGGUCCCCAAGUCACCCCUCCUGCAUCUGUGAGAUGGCAGUGUCAGCAUGCUCUGUCCCUAGCUCACCUGGUCUCCCAUCUCCUUUCCCUGCCCCAGGGAAGGCCAGGUAAUCCCCCUUGAUGGCCAGGAAGCCAUUGAGGGGUGGCAGGUGGCCCUGCCUCUGAGAGCUACUGAGAAGGCCCUGCUCGGCAGGGAAGGAGCCCAGGGCCCAAGUGCUGGAGAGCAGCAGGUGGGUGGCAAAGCUCCCUCCCUUCCCACAGAGCAGGCCCAGGCCUGCCAGAGCCCUGCCGACUGCCCAGGCAGAGCACCCAGCCCGAGGACCACAUGGGUCUGCUCCCCUGGCUGUCACACCAGGCUGGAGAGACCAGAGUCUGCCUGAUGGGCCCCCACAGGAGGAGAGGCACCCCCCACCCCCAAGAGGGUACUAAUGCUGGUGAAGGUGGAGACCACCCAGCCAGGGCCCUGGGCCCCCUCUAGGAUCCUUUCUUGUCCUUUCUGUCCCUGACCUGCACAGUGUCCUUUCUAAGGGCAAGCCACCAAGUGUCUGCUUUGCCAGGGCCCCCAAGCCAGAGAGGGUGGCUGAAGCCAAGUCCCCUUUGGAGCCCCGUCCUCACCUGGCCAACCCUUGUAAGAGGGAGGAGGGGCCUGGUGCCCAGCUCCCCGCUUAGAAGUGUGCGGUGACGACACCCCAAGGGCCCACGAAGACCUCCCUGCCGCGGGCUGCUACAUGCCCCCCACCACCCUGAGCCGCGGCCUCCACCAGCCAGAACCACCUCACUGGCCCCAGCAUGGACCAGUGUAUGUUGUGGCAUUUAGACAGGUUUCAGGUUUAAACAAAAGCAACCCCGACACAUCUCUGGUUAAGUGGUUCACCCUUCAUAGCAAUUGACGUGGCGAUUGGGAUCUCUUUUCUAUUACAUGGCAAUCUUCCUUUAAAUUUCCCCUAAAAAAAAACCGGAAAGGGAAGAACAGGCGAAGGCAGCAGGCCACGUGUCAUUUGCAUUUUGCGAAUGAGGCCUCUUGUAAGCUCAGCUCAGGCGCGGGGCCCAACGUAUGGAAUGCUUAAGAGCUCACUAAGAAUAAAAUCUAUUAAUUAGUCAUACUCGAUUCUGCAGACAUGAUGUGCAUCAGAAGCUCCCUUUCUUCCCUUCCCGCUUCCCCCUUGCCUCGGAAGCCUGUCUUCACUAAGUGGGCUCCGCUUCCUGGCCGGCCUCCACGGUCGCCCUUCCUGCCUCCCCCACCAGGGACGGGAGGCUGGGGUUGAGGGCAGAAGCGGGGCGCUGCUCCUUCCUUGCUCUGGGCAAUUUUGGCAGGGAAGGUGACCCUCACUGGAACAGGGCAGGGACUAGGAAGGGCCCAGCCCUCCUUGCCCAAGCCCACUCUGCCCUGCAAGCCGCUCUCCCACCCUCCCCAGGCCCCGAGUCCCUCCACCUUCCCCAGGGGCCCAGGAAGGAGGGAGAGGGUGCAAUGGGGCAGGGUCUAGCUUCGCUCAGGAAAGCAGGGUGCUCCAAGGCCGAGUGGGGCCCCUCCCAUCCACUGAUUCUGGAAGGUUCUAGUUGGCCCAAGGCAGGUAGGAGAAUUCCUGCAGGGUCGAGGGGUGAGUCUGAGCCUGCAGCAGGGCGUGAUGGGCAGCGCUUCCAGGACCGAGGGCCACCCGGAGCCCCUCCCCCAGAGCCGGCACUGAGGAGGGGACAGAACAGGAGCUGGACCCCCUCAGGACAGCAUCCCACCCUGGCCAACAGCAGCUCAAGCCCCAAAGCCAGCCCACUCCAGAAAUCUGCUUCCUGCGGAACAGCCAGGAGGACGGGGCUUCUGAGCCUCUCACUUAUGAAAAAUACAACAAGGAAAAUUGGAUGCGG